GUAGCGGCGCUUGCGGUGCUUUGGUGGGCUCUGUUUCCCCCUCUUCUUAUUUUUAAUAUAUAAGAUUAAUUUGUGAGAGGAGUGGCUGCGGAGGCUCUGAUUCGGAGGAGGACGCGAAAAGCUGUUGUCACAAUCCUGGAAUACAGAGAACAGAAAGUUGCUUUGAGUGGGCGAUGAUUAGAGAGACAAUGAAGGCCUGGAGUGACAGCCAGUUGGACCUUUACAGCAGCGACCUAGAAGAGGAGGAGGAGAUGAUUUUUGGAGAAAAUGAAGAUGACUUGGAAGAGAUGAUGGACUUGAGCGACCUGCCUACCUCACUCUUUGCUUGUAGUGUUCAUGAAGCAGUAUUUGAAGUUCAAGAACAAAAGGAAAGAUUUGAAGCUCUUUUCUCAGUCUAUGAUGAUCAUGCUACAUUCCAGCUAUUUAAAAGCUUUAGAAGAGUAAGAAUAAACUUUAGCAAUCCGGAAGCAGCAGCAAGAGCAAGGAUAGAACUACAUGAGACUGACUUCAGUGGGAAAAAGUUGAAGCUGUAUUUUGCUCAGGUUCAGAUGCCCAGUGAAGUGGGAGACAAAUCUUACCUCUUGCCCCCACAACCUGUCAAACAGUUUCUGAUCUCACCGCCUGCCUCUCCACCUGUAGGAUGGAAGCAGAGUGAAGAUGCCACACCUAUGAUAAACUAUGACUUGCUCUGCGCUGUUUCUAAAUUGGGGCCUGGGGAGAAGUACGAGCUCCAUGCAGGAACAGAAUCCACACCCAGCGUGGUUGUUCAUGUGUGUGAAAGUGAAACAGAAGAGGAGGAUGAAAUUAAAAAUUCCAAACAGAAGAUUGUGCAGACAAGGCGCCCUGAUCCACCACCCACAUUGCUGAGUGAAACAAAAACUUUUGAAUGUGCACUAGAGGUAGGGGGUGGGAUGCACUUUUGAGCUGAGGCGAUUUAACAGCAGCAGUGGAUGGAAAUCAUGUUUGUGUUGCUGCAUAAUGUCUAGCAGUGACAGACAUGCAGUCACUUUGCAUCAAAAAGACUGUAGAUGCCAGCGUUCUGAAGAGCACUUUAAGGUUUUAACUCCCAACAUGUAGCAAAUCCUUUGGGAUUCUGAGUCCUAGCACACUAGACUAGGAGGAUGCCAUUUUGGAGUGUGCGUAUUACCAUUUUCUUGAUGUGUAAAAAGGCUGAAAGGAACUUGGAUGCUGCCAUCUUUGUAGUGGUUGCCACAUGGUUUUGUACGCGAGUCUCUCAUGUAUAUUUUUGUGUGCGCUGAUGUAUAGCAUUAUCCAGCAUUAUCCAUUGUUCAAAGUAAUAUAUUGAUAAAACAUAAUGUACCAUGUACAUUGUUAUCAUGUAGAGAAAUCUCAAGUUGGUUUGGGGUGGAAGAAGCAAAUUUACCAACAGGAUUGUUCCGUGCUUUUGUUUUUCCUUAGAAAUGCCAUAGUGGGUGUGUCUGUGUGUUGAAUUUCAAGGUACUUCUGUGGAUUAAUAUGAGGCAAAAACACAAAUGGGACUGUAAAAAGCUGGCAUUGUGUUCACUGUAAUGGUGAGAACUGAAACGCAAGCUAGGAAGCUGCAUAUUGGAGGCCAACUCCCUCUUUUGUAAUUGUUUCCUAACUUUUCUUAGGCUGUAGCUGUUCCAAAUGGAGUAUAUUUAUUUUAUGUACACCACCAGCAGGAACAAGGCAGCAUAACAGGGGGCCCUUGUCUAUACAGCUUCUGGCAACCCCUUGAAGCGCAAUCUCAGCACUUGCCUCCCACUGCUUGCACAGCCCCAUUGUGUAGAAGUAACUAUGGCAAAACCUCACACAGGGCUGGGAAAAUAUUUCAAAUACAUUUGAAUGUAUUAAUGUUUCUUGCAGGAGCGCGGAGACUGUUUCCUGUAGAACUAAUCUGAUUAAGUUGCAGGAGAAUAAAUCUUGACCUGUGUGUGUGUGGGAGGGAUCCACAAGGUCUUUCAGGAAGUAUCUCAUUCCCCCCCACACACUAUUUCUUUUUUCACUUCCGGCAACCCACAUAUCCUCACCUUUCCAGGUUCCUUUCUCUCCCUUCCACCCACCAACCAGUCAACCUUUUAUCUGCUUCCUAUCUUCAGCUAUAUUUAUUUACUCAUUUAUACCUAACAUUUCUCUACAGUGAGGAUCAUUCUCCUCUCCUCCAGUUCUUCCUCACAACAACACUUAGGCUGAGAGAGUGUAAUUGGCCCAAGCUCACCCAGUGAACUUCCAUGGUAGAGUGGUGAUUUGCACCUGAGUCUCUAACCACUACAUCACAAUGGCAUUCAUGGCUGCUGUUGAACUGUAGCAAGCAGCCAGUCCUGGGUAAGUCAUGCAAGUUGCAUGGUAGCAAGUUGCCUAGUGGUUGCUGCUGGUCUUCCCUUAAAAGUCGAAAAGACCCUGCCCUUUUAUUGACGAAAACCAAGGCUUGAAGGCUGGCAAUACUGUUGUGGUUGCCUAGCAACAGCCACUGAGGGUAUUUGUUUCUUAAAGCUACAGGUGCAGUUUCUGUUCUUUGAGGGGGUUGGUUUAACCCAUCGAUUUUUUUUUUUAAUUUCAGAUUUUUCUGCAAACUUGGGGUGUUUCUUCAGUUUUGUAGAAAGCCUGGUUUUGUCUGUUCACAACUUCAGUCUUCAGAUUUAAAUAGUCACAGACUUGGCCACCUUGAGAAUUAGAUAUAUUGAUUGAACUUCUUACCAGUGAGAGCGGUUGGACAGUGGAACCAUUUACCUAGGGAAAUGGAUGGGCUCUCCUUCUCUGGAGGUCUUUAAGCAGAGGCUAGCCAAAGCCAUCUGUCAAGAAUGCAUGAGCUUUCUGCUUUCAGCAGGGAGUUGAGCUAGAAGGCCUACAAGACCUUUUCCAACUCUCAGACUGUAUCCCUCUGUGUCCUAAAGGUGACUUACGGCAUGCUGGUGUUCUGAUUUGCUCAGCUGUUGCAGGGGGCUUCGUUCUUCCUUGUGACAACUGGGCCUUCUUGAAAUUUCCAGUUUACUACUACUUGCCUUGCAGUCAGCUCUGGCCAGCAGCAGACUCCAGUAUGCCUCUGCUCAGAUUGCCACCUUGUUGCUUGGUCCAUUCUUAUAUCCCCCUAGCUCUCCAUGUUCUCUAUCUUCUCCCUUCCUGGGAAGAUAUAUUUGUCCCAAGGCUGUCCUUUCCCAUGCUGGUUCAAGAAAAGUGCUGAUGCUCCAGCUGUCUUGGUUUGUCAAGAACCAAGGCCAGUAUUCCUCGUAUGAAGUAAUUUUUUUCCUUUCCAACAUUUUUCAACAAAAUAGCAUCUUAAGGUUUCAGAUUCUGACAUUUUGGGAAUCUGUCUGUUUCAGCAGCUAAUAUUUUACUGUUACAGGAUUGGAGGGCAGGUGGCAACAGCAGCUGAAGUGCUAGAAUAUUUUUACCAGUUAUCUCCUAUAAUUUUUUUAAUGUCACCAUUUUGUCUAUAAAAUCACAGUGAACAUUGCCAUGGGAGAAAGAACCCCAGUGUAUCAUAUGAAGAGAAUUUAAUUGUGGAGGGGAGGGAAUUUUCCACCCUCCCAUCCCUGCACUUUGGUGACACUCAGCAGCAAGAAAUGUUUUGCUUAUGUGGGCCUUACAAACUUGACACAAAGUGAAAAGCUGGCCCCCCCUUCCUCUUGGGUUUUACAUUUGGCAAAAAAAGAGUGUGUUGACCACAGCUAAGUGGCUGCUAAGGCCAGCCAAACCCUGAACCUUCCUAUUUAUUUGUCACUGAAUCAUUUAUAUUUAAACAUCAAGGCUUUCUUCUUUGUAGAUAUAGACUCUUUGCUCAAAACCAGGUUUUGAGAGUGUACUCAUUUGUCAGAAUACAGUUAUUUGAGUGUUCGAUCUUGACUAAGAUGACAUGCUUGAAAUCACCAUCAGCAAAGAAGCUCACAGUGGGCCUUGGGCCAAUUAUACUCUUUCAGUCUAACCUGGUUUAUUAUGCUAAUGAAAUGGAUUAACACUGAUGUGUACUGUCUUUGAACUUCUUGGAUCCAAAUGUGAUAUAUUAAUAAUGGGAAGGAACUCAAAUUAUACAUACAAAGCAACAAUUUUCAGCCUUUUUGUUCUUUACAACAGUAUUAUCAAAGCAGGUUUGCCACCAGCCUUUGUGAUGUCUGUGAUCUGUCUGCUUCAGGAUUGCAUACAGCAGUGAGAUCAUCUGUUAACAAAUGUCAAAAAUUAAUUUCCAAAUUCUUGUCAAAAUUCUAGGCCACCUGCUUCCCUCUAAAGCAAGAUUUUUUUUUCUUCAUGGACCCCUUUGACAGUCUCAUGAAGCCUAUGGACCCCUUCUCAUAAAAUAAAAUACAUAGGAUUACAAAAGAAACCAAUUAUAUAAAAAAAAAAAUUCUCAUCCAAGUUCAUAGACCCCCCCCUGAAAUCUAUCCACAGACUGCUGGUUAAGAACCCCUCCCCUAAAGCAAGAGAAAGGCAGCCCUUGUGCCAAAUUGGAUUAUGUGAAAGGAGCUGCCUCAGUUGCUGGUGGCGAGGGGAGGAAAAACAGAGACCAGCAGCUGUGCCCAAGGCACUGGCCAUCACAAUGCUUUAAGGAUCAGUGGCUGAAACAGGAGUAAAUUGCCCUACCCCAAUACAACCUAAGAAUGGCCCUCUGAGACUAGGUGGCCUUUAUGAGGGCAGAAAGGCUGGGUAUCAAUUUUAUAAAUAAAUAGAAUAAACACUAUUGGUGGGUCAGAACCAUCGUGCUUUGAGAGUAUUGUGAUGUUAGAAUAAAAAUGGUCAAGGCACAAAGAGAUGCAUGUAAUGACUUGGUGUUACAACAGCUGACCGUCAACUGUUUUUAAAGAGGACUAAUAAAAUGUUUUCCCAUUUA